AUGAGCUUCGCAACAGACUUUACAUUAUUCCGGACUGAGGAUAGGUUCUCUAUCGCACCACCUAUUCUGCUGAGUCCGAUAUUUCAUUCCCAAAUGCUGUUAAAUACUGUCACUCAUAAAGCUAGGGAAGUUCGCGCAAAAUACCGGUCUAAUAUUAUAGAAGAGCCACGAUUUAAUGGGGCAUCCAUCGAGGCAAUUCGUACUCAUUUUGAGACGAGGGUGGAUGCUCAAGGCAUUUAUCAAUCCACUUGGAACAGGUUCCGGAUGUGCAUAAUCAUUGAUGAAGAAUCACUGCAAACUUUACAAGGCACAUCCGCGGAGCAAGUCGAACAGGAAGGCCCCCACGAUGUGGAUCAUGAAUUGCGAUGCAUGAAGGUUCUUCAAGCAUGGCCGAAUGUGGAUCAGUACGAUACUUUCCCCGGGUGGAUGAAAUGUUGGACACGUGCGCUGUGGGAUCUGUGGAUAAUGAUGAUAGAUGGUGGGGAGAUGAGUAUGCUAUAUGACAGUAUCGACGACUUUCCAUUUGAGGGG